AUGGAUUUGGUGGUAGGGGACCCCUCUCUUGCAUACAUCAUUGUUAUUCAGAAAACUCACAGAAGUUUGAUACAAAGUUGGCAUCCUCCACCAACUGAUUUUUAUAAAUUUAAUGUCGAUGGGGCUGUCAAGUCUGAUGGGUUGGCUGGACGAAUUGGAGGUAUUUUGAGAGAUUGUAAUUGUAUCAUUUUAUCGACUUUUUCUGUUAGUAUCGGUCCAGGACCUCCUCCGUUGGCUGAGCUGAAAGCUGUUAAGAAAGGUCUAGACAUUUUUCUAUCAUCAGAUUGGGCUACAAAGGGAAGACUGAUCCUUGAAAGUGACUGCAAAUCUGUAUUUGACUGGAUAUUACUGCCUAAUUCUAUUCCUAGUUUUUUCAAUUCCAUUGUUUUGGAUAUUGUGUCCUUAGUUCAAGAGAGGGUGGUUAUUAUUCGAUGGAUUCCUAGGGGUUGUAAUUGGGAAGCAGAUAAAUUAGCUAAGGAUGGGAUCGGGUAA